AUGUAUUUCUCAUUUUCACCAUCACCACCGGCUACUUCAUACUCGACCGCACCCAUGAAUAUCCCAUCCUCCUCCAACGCCAGACCACAGUCGCCUUCUUGCGCUUACCCAUCAUGGCCUCGUCGCUCAUCUCUGUCUUCAAACUCCAGCUCAAGCUGUGAGGACGAGGGACACUCGAGUUCGUUCAUCACUGACGAGGAACUCUUCCCAUGCGUCUUCGAUGAUGCCGAACAAGACUGCACCCCUCCCGCCACGCCCAGUCUCAGCAGAUCGCCUGCAUCCCCGAAUAUGAUGUGCAAAGCACGGAUCGUGGUGGAUAAUGGAUCGUUGAUGAGAGAGUUGGUCGCGCAAGAGAAGGCGAAGAAGGAUCGCAGACGACGGAAGAGCAGCAGCAGUUCAAGGAAGUCAAGGAGCUCAAGUGCGACAAGCAAGCACAUGAGCCCUAUCGAGGAAGUCGUGGAGUGA